AUGCUGCGAGAUGUUGGUCUAGAUACUACCGGGUGGAGCAAGGAGACCCUGGUCGAAAACUGUGAAAUAUACAAGGAUCUGAUCAUUCUCCCCAAAGCUACGUGUACAGAUCCAGUUCCAUCCACAUCCAAAUCCACACCUCAAAGAGUACGGUUCAACUUCGAGAGCAACUUUGAGUUCAGAGCAACUCCGAGUGGAAAAUCAAAUCCAAGCGGUCUCCCAUGUACACCUCGAAAAGACUCUUCAACAUCAGCCCUUCCGAGUUUGCAGCCUGGAGCCCUUCGAUACCCUAGACCUCCGCCAACUGUACUAGACGAUUCACCAACAAAUUCAAAACAGAAUAAGGGCCAAGCAAGAGCACAUUCAGAAUCCGAUAAUGACUAUAACCCAGACAUGGAGGAGGAUGAAGAUCAGGAGAUGAAAUCAAAUCCGAGCGGUCCCCCAUGUACACCUCGAACAGCUUCGAGGACAUCAGUCCUUCCAAGUUUGCAGCAUGGAACCCUUCGAUACCCUAGACCUCCGCCAACUGUACUAGACAACUCACCAACAAAUUCAAAACAGAAUAAAGGGAAAGCAAGAGCACAUUCAGAAUCCGAUGAUGACUAUAACCCAGAAUUGGAGGAGGAUGACAAUGAGGAGAUGGGCAGUACUGAGAAUCAUGAAGAUGGGUUUCAUCGAUCUAAAGCUCGAGGUUUUCAUGGUCAGACAGGGAAGAAAGCUGUUCAACUUCAACACAUGCUCAUCAGACGAAUUCCGAGCUUUGAAACAGAUGUUGAUAAUAAUGAACCAGAAAAUCGAUGCGCUCACAAACGACCUCAAGACCUUAAGUCAAGUUGUAAAGAUGCUGGUCGAUAA